AUGGCGAAACGCAGGGCUCUGAUGACCCUGGAGCAGAUGGAGGAAAAGCUAGGCUAUAAAGUUGCCUCCCUAUAUGAUACUCAUGUGCAACAUUUCUAUUCUGACCUUACAACGGUCCCCAAGAACGUCUACGAGAAGACCAGAGAUGAGCUUGACGAAUGCUUCAGGACAAAAUAUCAAGAAGAGUCUGGGCCAGGCUCAGAACCUAAAUUCCCUAAACCUGGUAUAACUCAGAAAAUUGCCAACGGUCCGUGUAUUACAAUCCUUGAGUGCAGAAGUGUUACCUGCCAGUAUAGCUUCAUCGCGGAUAUUAGCUACGACUCUGAAUUUGACUUACCUCUGCAAUUAACCAAAAAUGAAGGAUUAGCCACAAUGUCAGUUGCAAAUCUACCACACGGCGACUCUUCUGACGUGGUGUCCCAUUUCUUUAUGCUUCCUAGAGAGCUCCGUGAUGAGAUUUAUGUAUGCGCUAUUCCAAGGGCAGAUCUGUUAGAUGGUGACCCCGGAUAUCCGAGUGAGCUCAGUCUAGUCAGAGGCAUAGGUGAUCCUAGUGGUCUUUAUUUUCCGUUCAGGAGCAACCUCAGCAUUCUUGCAGUAAAUAGACAAAUGCGGGAAGAGGCCCUAGGACUAACUUACCGCAGGACAUUCAUCCAAUUGAAUGAUAUGGAUGACUUUAUAAAGUUUGCUGUCUCGAUUGGCAAUGUAGGCCGCGAAAAUGUGGAAUCAAUCAGUUUCACCUGGGAGAGUAGAAGUGACACGGCAUCCAUGGAGAAUGUCUUGGCUGAAAGUAGCUGUAUCAAGCUGCCCAAUCUUCAUACUACACGAUGUGUUCAGCUUCUCAAGAAUUUCAGACGAUUAAAUUAUCUUCGGCUAUAUUUUGAGAAUGACCUCAUAGCGAGUUUAUCUUACGACGACUUCAGGAAUGACCCUGGCCUCCGCAAACUUUGUUCACUUCAAAGUGUGGAUACGAUUGAAAUCUUCAAUCAGUCCGGAGAGUCACUUGACCAACAUGAAUCGAUUCGGUGGUUAAAAGAGGAAAUGGAAUCGUUAAAAAGUGUAACUGCUAUAGCUGAGCGUGACUGA